AUGAUCACACAACCAAGCCAUUCCAUCACUUCUAAAGUGCAAGAAAAUGUAGAAAAUAUUCCAUUCUCUGACGAUUCGCUCUUUGAAAUUUUAUCUUUUCAUGAUGAUUUUAAAUUUAUUGUACAGAGGUGUGCAUUGGUUUCCAAACAGUGGUUUCGUGUCAUUAAAAAUUCAUGUAAACACCUCUCGAUAACACGUAGUAGUGAUUGGGAAAUGGUUGGUCAAUUGCCGUUUUUGGAAAAUAUUGCAAAUCUAAGAGUGAUAAAUAAUGAGGAAAUUGGAUUUAAUUGUGAGAUAUUGGAUUCGAUGAAAGAAUUGAAAAAGCUCAAUAUAGAAUAUAAUUCUAAUAUUGAUCCAAGUGGAUUCAAGUAUAUAUGUUCAUUGGAACAAUUGACUGAUCUUUAUAUGACUUUCUGUUAUUUUAGAUUGCCUAUUGCUAAACAUUUACCAUCAUUGAAAUCACUAACUUAUCUUCUUAUUACGGGUAAUUAUAUUGGUGUAGAAGGAGCCAAGUAUAUUGGUGAAAUGAAGCAAUUGAAACAACUUCAUAUUGCUAAUAAUAAUAUUGGCCCAGAAGGAGCCAAGUAUAUUAGUGGCCUUGAACAGUUGACUUUUCUUAAUAUCCGUGCCAAUGAAAUUACUGUGGAUGGAGCAAAAUUUAUUAGUGAAAUGAAACAGUUGACUGUCCUUAACAUUAUUGGCAACAAUAUUUGUGACGAAGGAGCUAAAUUUAUUAGUGGAAUGAAACAAUUAACUAAUCUUGAUAUUUCUGUUAAUAAUAUAGGCGAGAACGGUGCCAAGUAUGUUAGUGAAAUGAUGAAUAUAACCAAACUCAAUAUUGGUUUUAAUUCUAUUAAUGACGGUGUUAAGUGUUUUGGAGAAAUGAAACAAUUAACAGAUCUUAAUGUAAACAGUCGCUGUAUUGGAUCGAAUGGAGUAGAAUACAUUUCAUCAUUCAAUCAAUUAACUCAUCUUUCUAUAGCUAAAAAUUUGAUUUCACUGUAUGAGGCUAUGCACAUUAGCCAAAUGAAAAAUUUAAUUAAGCUUGACAUUUCUGAUAAUGAUAUUGGGGAUAACGGAGUCCAAUCUAUAAGUGAAAUGAACCAAUUAACUGAACUUAAUGUUUCUAGUAUUGAUAUUACACCAAUAGGUAUACAAUAUAUCUGUAAAAUGGAUAAUUUAACGUAUCUAAUAAGUGCUCAUAAUAAUAUUGGAGCAAAAGGUGCAAAACAAAUCAGUGAAAUGAAGCACCUAGCACAGCUUUCUAUCUAUCACAAUGCUGUUGGAGAUGAGGGAGCCAAAUUUAUAAGUGAAAUGGAACAAUUAACUUUUCUAGAUAUUGGUUACAAUGAAAUUGGUGACGAAGGCGUUAAAUUCCUAUGUGGAAUGAAGCAAUUAACAAGACUUAACACAGUUGACAACAAUAUAAGUGAUGAGGGUGAAAAAUAUAUUCGAGAAAUGAAUUUGGCAGAUCAUGUGGGUAUUUAUGAUGUUUAA